AUGCUGAUCCUCCCUAGCCAGGAGGACUUUGCUGACUUCAACCAAUCAGAGUCCAGGACACAGGAGGGCUUUGGUGACUUUGACCAGGACUAUUCUGAGGACCCAGGUCCGACCCAGGCGUGUGGGGAGGAGGUUGGACAGGGAGACCUUCCCCUCAGCGACAGCUUUGCAGACUUCCACUCUGCUCCCCUGGAGGGGCAGGGUGAGAGGGAGGAGGGCUGGGGGCGUAUGGGGACCAGAGAGGUCUGUCGGAGGGGGAGACCUGGGCAGAGUUUGGAGAGGAGGAUAGAGCCAGGCGGACAGAAGAGGCAGAGGAGAAGAAGGGGGGAGAGAGUUUUCAGAGGGUGCUGCUGUACGAAGGGACAGUCUGCAGUAGACUGCUCUGUACUAGAUCUCAAACAAGCCCUGUCUCUCCCAUUCAGGCCUCCCUGUCUAUCCGGCUACAGAAGAGUCCUACAGACCAGCUUCCCUGCAUGGCAGUCCCAGAACUGGAUCAGGAGAGGGAGGAGACUGGGGUGGAGGGGGAGGAGACUGGUGGAGCGGAGGAGACUAUGGAGGAGGAGGAGGAGACGGGGAUGGAGAGGACAGUGGGUUGAGGUGUUGAAUGUACUCAGCCUCAGGGCUCUGCUAGAGACUCUAGACACACAGCCUGAGGAAGAGGAGACGAAGGGGCUCAACCACACUACACACUGGGUUCCUAGGGGCGCGUGGCGGCAGCCUCAGGACCUCCACGAUGCCGUGGGCCUGGGAUUCCAGUGGGGCGGUUCCCAUAGCAACAGGGCCCUGCUCCGUUGUCUGGGGAUGGACACCAGGAACAUGUUGUUCACUGGUCAGAGAAAGCAGCCUGUCAUMGUUCCUGUGUUUGCAGCCAGCCUGGGAAUGUUAGAGGCCCACCAAAGAGCCACUGAGAGCAGCUUCAGCUGCGGAGAAGACUGCUGCACACAAGCACUUCCUGGGUCACAGGAAACCACCACCACCUCGUCAAUAAAAGUAUGGUAUUGA